AUGGUCAUGGUUCAUCUUAGAAAGGACAGGUUUCCCAAGGGAAGCCAUAGCAAGUUGAUGACGAGAAGGACUGGACCUUGUGAAAUUUUGGAUAAAUAUGGUCUUAAUGCCUAUAAAAUUGAACUCCCUGAUGAUAUUUCUAUUUCACCUAUAUUUAAUGUUUCUGAUAUAACAUUGUAUAUGAUUCCUACUAGAGUAGAAAGUCCAGGUCAGUCUAUUCAAAAAAGUGAAGAGUGGAUGAAGCACUUACCACCUGAGGAGCUGCCUAAGAUGGAGUGCAUUUUGGAUAGCCAGGAAACCAAGAAAACAAGGCACAAGACCUAUUUUGAGCACUUAGUUAAAUGGAAGGGCCUUCUUGACUCAGAAGCUACAUGGAUGCUAGAGGAAGAUAUCAAAAAGCAGGGUGGUGAUUUGCAGAAGUUGGUCUCUAAGAGUACAUGA